GACAUCAUCAUGUUCAAGCUUGUGGUUCUAUCGUGCCUGUUCGCCGCUGGCUCGGCGCAGUACUUCGGUGCUUACCCCGGGUAUGGGUACCCAUUCGCCUACAGCGCGGCGUCUUUCUACCCCUACGAUGGCAACUACCGUGGCCCUCUCUCGCUCGCUCCCGGCCAGCCUGCCAACAUCCUGGGCGCUGACGGAAGGCCCCUGGACACCCUGGAAGUGAACCUGGACAAGUCCGCCCACUACACCCGAAAGGCGUUCGAGAGCGCCGGCAUCCAUCUCAUCAAGAAGCGCUCCGCUCCGUUCGCGCCUAUCGCCACGACCUACGGUGCUAUUGCCACGCCAUUCGCGUACAACGCCUUCGCCUACCCUUACGCGUUCCCUUACUCGUUCGAUGGCAACUACCGCGGGCCUCUUUCCCUCGCUCCCGGCCAGCCCGCUAACAUCCUGGGCGCCGACGGCAGGCCUCUGGACACUCUGGAGGUGAACUUGGACAAGGCGGCUCACUACACGAAGAAGGCGUAUGAGAAUGCCGGUAUCCACCUGAUCAAGAAGCGGUCGGCUCCAGUUGUCGCCCCCCUUCCCGCCGCCCCCGUGGCCGCGCUCGCGCCCCUGCCCGCCGCCCCCGUGGUGCACGCGACUCCCAUCGUCUACUCCACGCCCUUCGCCACCUCCUACGCCUACGCUCCGCUCAACUUCGGAAGCCGCAUCGUGUACUGAUAUGGUUUAUGAGAUUGUAAAUAUUGUGUGAAUUGAAUAUAUCAUUUUGUGAUACUCA